GACACAUCUCGCCGGCAGCGCUACCCAGGCAACUUACCCGGCGAUUGCGGCCGACCGUGAUGCUGGCGAGGCGCCUCCUUCUCGCCGGGCUCCUGCUGCGCCCAGUCUCCACCGCUUCCUCCGUUCCUCCGGCGGCAAAGGGUUCUAUUUAUCGCGUUGAUGCACCGCCGGCCGUGACUUGAAAAGGAGAACAAAUUAAGCACAUUUUUUUUAUCCAGAUCUGCAAUAUGGAGAGAGCUAAAAUACCUAAUCUUGAUCUGCCAACAUGGCUACAGUCACCUUUUUUUUUUGCAAUGUUGUUGGAAAUUGGAAUCACCUCACAUUGAUUCUUGAUUCGUGAAUGCGUUGAUAUCUUGCCACGGAAAGUAGAAAGAAAGGAGGAGAGUAAGAGACACGAUGUUAAUAGCCAAUGGAGGCAUUUUGCAUCUCCACUGUGGAGAGUUGCAUCAUGUCCUGGGAUGUACACCACAGCUUAAGUCCAUGUUCUAGUAAGGAGACCUUGAACAUCAGUGCACUCAAUUGCAAAGACAUGCUUGUGCCGAAUGGCCAGCCUGACAAAUGCUGUUCCAUAGUUUGAAAUUGGCAAAAAAUUGUUAAUUUGUCUGCUUCAAUAGCAGAGGCUGCUUUUGUAGAAUCACUAUUACUUCACCAUGUUCCACAUGUAAAGUUGAUGGUCCCAUUUUCUUGUGAUUACAUUUUAGCAUGAGAAGCUAUUGACUGUAUUUAGCUAAGGAUUCUAGACGAGUUAAUGUGAUUUCACCAGUUUGUUAUUAUCGUUCUACGUUGGAGCUUGUUAUUAUCCUUUGUGCAACCCAGAUUCCUUUUGCUACAACACCAAAAAAACACUUUGGCUUUCUCCCAGUGACGAUAAACUGUUUACAAGAAAGAUUAUGUCUUUCAGGUUUGAAGGAAAAUAGAUAGACUUAGGCCUCUUAAAUAUGUCCAUUUCUUUGACUGUUUGACAUAGUUUAGCUACUGAAAAGCGGAAAUCCAUCCCCACAUGCUGCAAGACCACACCGCAGUUAACAUGAGAGACUGGUUAUGUUCACAAUGCCCUUCAAUUGCUCAUUCCGAGUAUCACAGAUUAACUCACACCACCUUUUUGGUUUCUUGCUUCACAGAAUAUGUGCCAUUGGGACAAAUUUAUUCGGAGUUCAUGUUAUUUUCACAGCACAAGUGAUCAGACUUCCAGAGAAGAAGGGUCAACAGCUAAGUAGGAGGUGCUAGACCCCCUUGCACUGAUUAAAGAUGAAGUGUCUGAAGUCACAGAUCGAUUGCGCUCAAUGGUGGUUGCUGAGGUACCUGAAUUGACGGCAGCAGCUGGAUAUUUCUUCAGAGCUGGAGCUGAAGGGAAAAGAACAUGUCCUACUGUUCUACUAUUGAUGGCUUCAGCUAUAAGCAUGGACAUGACUGACCCAAUUGUUGGCUUAGAGAAUAAGCUUCGUGCAAGAUAUAUGCGUGUUGCUGAGAUUACUGAAAUGAUUCAUAUAUCAAGCCUUAUCCAUGAUGAUGUUUUGGAUAAUGCUGAUACUAGGCGUGGCAUCGACUCGUUGAAUUUCGCAACGGGAAAGAAGCUUGCAGUGUUGGCUGGAGAUUUUCUACUUUUCAGGGCAUUUUCUGCUGCUGUUUCUCUUGACAAUGCUGAGGUUGUAUCAUUACUCGCAACAGCUGUAAAUAAUCUUGUAACUGGUGAACUUAUGCAGAUGUCAAUAACUCCAGCACAGCGCUGCAGCAUGGAUUAUUAUUUGCAGAAGACAUACUUCAAGACAGCCGCAUUGAUUUCAAACAGCUGCAAAGCUAUUGCAGUUCUUGCUGGGCAAACAACAGAAGUACAAGCUCUUGCCUAUCAGUAUGGCAAACACUUGGGCAUAGCAUAUCAGUUGAUCGACGAUAUCCUUGAUUUCACAGGCACAUCAGCUUCACUAGGCAAAGCCUCCUUGUCUGAUAUCCAUCAAGGAAUUGUGACGGCUCCUAUAUUGUUUGCAAUCGAAGAGUUCCGCCAACUGCGUGAGAUUGUAGAACAGGGAUUUGAUGACCCUUCUAAUGUUGAUACAGUCCUGGAAUACCUUCCGAGAAGUCAGGGAAUCGAGAGGACGAGAUUGCUUGCUGCUGAGCAUGCAAAACUGGCAGCAGACGCUAUUGAUUCUCUUCCUGAGAGCGUGGACAGAUUUGUGCUUAACUCGAGACAAGCACUCAAAGAUCUUACUGAAAAGUUUAUGAGGAGAACACAAUGAAUUGGUGAAGCAAAAAGUGUGAAAUUAGUUAAACAUGCCAGCAGGCAGUAGAAUCCUUAACAAUACAUCAUUCAUGUUUUUGUUGAAGAAAAUUUCGUUAUGGUGAUUGAUGAAAUUCAGCAUAUCUCGACAGAGCUUUAUCUCACUUUUGUCCCAUAUUCUCAGCAGCAAACUUGUAUGAUAAUUCUUCAAAUUUUGAUGCAUACUUUGAUUUGAAUCAUAAAUUGUGUUUUUUGAA